GUGCCGUUCAAGAUAAAACGCAGGGGUCUUGCGUUUGUAAUGCGCGAGCGUGUGUGUGUGAUAAGAAGGGGGGCGCGAGAGACCCCGUCGCGUUUUGACCCCCGAAACGACUCCCGAUCUCCAGCAUCGCUCCCGCCUCCAUUCGGCUUUUUAAACCGGGCCCAUUGCUUGCUUCGCAUACACACACACAAACUCACACUCACACACACGCGAGCGCGCGUAUCCUUUUACAGCUUGUUGUCUCGGUCCAUGGAUGUGGUGAUACACCGAGCAGAUCGCCACACUGCCGCCGCGAUCUACGUCUCUCCAGCCCGCCAAGCAGCACCGAUUCACCGCGGAACAGCUCGAGAUUGAGACGAAGAGAGAGAAGGAGCGAGAGAGCGCGAGAGACACACACACACACACACACAGAGAGGGGAUCCCCGCGUCUCAAGUGAUUGUGACUGGUGUUCUGUCCCGGACUGCCGGAUCGGUGUGUGUUGUCUUCCGCGAGAAGAGCGCGGCUUUCCGUGGCGCAUGGAGAAAAGGUAUGAAGAGCUGGUGCAGUACCCAGGGUCAGAGGUCAUGCCCGUGGGGGGGUACGGGGAGGCGAUGAGGUCACUACCACCGUCUCACUAUGGCCACAGUGUCCCUGACUCUCUCAAACACUACCGUGAUCAGAUCUACGGCCACCCUCUGUUUCCUCUCUUGGCCUUGGUGUUUGAGAAGUGUGAGUUGGCUACGUGUUCACCGCGUGACUCCAGCUCACUGUCGAAUGCGUCCCAUCAUCCCAGCAUGACGGGUCACAGCGAUGUCUGCUCUUCCGAAUCAUUCAACGAAGACAUCGCGGCCUUCGCCAAACAGAUCCGGUCAGAGAAACCCAUCUUCUCAUCAAAUCCAGAACUGGAUAAUCUGAUGAUCCAGGCCAUCCAAGUACUACGCUUUCACCUACUAGAGCUAGAAAAGGUUCAUGAUCUGUGUGAUAAUUUCUGCCAUCGCUACAUCACCUGUCUUAAGGGCAAAAUGCCCACUGAUUUGGUGCUAGAGGAUCGCGAGUCCGGAUCCAAAUCUGACAUGGAGGAUUUCACUGGAUCUUGUACAAGUCUUUCAGAGCAGAAUCAGUCUUGGUUGAGAGACACAGAUGACUGUUUGUCAACGCCGUCAGGUACUCCGAGCGCCUCCUGUGGACUCGCCUCGCACAGUGUGGACGCUUGCAGCGACGCUGGAGAUGGACUGGACGCUGUAGCGUCUCCUAGCACGGGAGAAGAGGACGAGACGGACCGAGACAGACGAAACAACAAGAAACGAGGGAUCUUUCCCAAAGUGGCAACCAACAUCAUGAGAGCUUGGCUCUUCCAGCACCUAUCACAUCCAUACCCUUCCGAAGAACAGAAAAAACAACUCUCUCAAGAUACAGGACUCACCAUCCUUCAGGUCAACAACUGGUUUAUAAACGCCCGACGCCGAAUAGUCCAGCCCAUGAUUGACCAGUCGAAUCGCUCAGGUCAAGGUGCCCCAUACAGCCCAGAGGGAGGAGCGAUAGGAGGUUAUGGAUUAGACAGUCAGCCUCAUUUAGGCCUUCGGACAGCAGGUCUUCAGGGAAUGCCGUCUCUGCCUGGAGACUACCCCGGUGCACUCUUGCCCCAGCCGGGUUACACCCAUGCGGCUCCGUCGCUGCACCCUUACCCCGGCCCCCACCCUGCCAUGCUCCUGCACCCACCCCCCCAUCCGCACUCGGCAGAGCCUCUAAUUGGACAAGGCCUGGACAUCCAUGCCCACUGAGAGCGGGGGAGGGGAAUGAAACCGGGCUCACACACUCCCGAGUGCACUAGUUUCACCUCAGUAAACAUGACGGCACGAUUUCAUAAACUUCGACACCUUGUCAUGUUAUGACACUAACCCUUUAUAAUCACCGUCUUAAAAACUGACACGAAACCUCUUAUGUCUGUUUUUUCUUACAUUACAAACUGAUAUCAGAGGCAACACAGCGGUAAGGUUCCGGUAUAGGCUUUUUCCUACUGUAUAAAGUAAUGGAAAUUCUGGCACCGUAAAACUAGAUCUGGAUAUGGGUUUUGCUUCGUCAGCAAAGUGUUGAGCCGAAAGUUUCCAGCUUUAUGUUCAUAUACAUAAGCACCAACCAAGAACUGAUGGUACUCAGGGACGAGAUGUUCACGCCACGGAGGAUAGUUUGUAGAUUUGUCAACAUCGUGUUGUGCUAUUUCUUAUCCUGUGCCAACGUUUAAGUUGCUUUAAAAACAUUUAUAAGCACAACAAAUGAUUAUUAUUGUUAUUUUUUAUUAUUUUUUUCAAAUGAUAUUUGUUGAUUAUAUGGGGUGCAAUUGAACUUUAAUUUGUAUUUCAGAUGUCCAUUUUUACAUAUAUUUUUCUGGCAAAAAAAUCUAUUGAAAUUUAUCAUGCAGAUUUAUGGAUUCGUUUUUACUGUUGAUGAAAUGUAACGAUCCAUCAACAAGCAUUUUCAGGCUCAUUCAUUUGAUCACGUAUUCAAUGUUGGAUGUGACCGUGGUGGUGUUCACUCUCAGGGUACUACAUGUUGCUGUUAGGGUGGUGUAUGUAUCAUUUACCUAGAAAGGUGUGUCUUUAAUACGGUAUGCUCCUUUUUAUGUAGCUUAAGUCAUUUUAAAAGCUACAUUACAUUCAUACGUCCAGGUGAGAGAUACAUAAAGGAUAUGUUUUGCCUACAAAAUUAGAAGAAAAUGUCCCAGAACCCCAAGUUCCAUUAGUUCCUGGUUUGGCUUGUCCUUGUUUCUAGAGUGUGCAGUGGAAAAAUCCCCAUACAGCCACACUAUCUGUAUGUUGUCUAAAGUUUCUCACACAUUAAUGUACACAACUAAUUUUGCACGGUAUGUCUGGUUAGACUCAUGUCUUCCUAUGGCCUUUCUGCUUCCUGAACUGAAAUUCGAGGCUUUUUGGAGCCUCUCUGCCUUGCCCAGAGACUGCUCGUCAGGAACGUGAACAGAGGAGCACACCAGAUUCCUGCAGUCUGGUGCCUUCACAACUCUACCAAAAAAAAAAAAAAAAAUCCUGUAACUGUCUCCUUGAACCGAUGUAUUCAAGCCUUGCCACAAACCCAAAGACUUAAUUGCUGGAUCUGUUGGACGAAACGAGAGUUUGAACUGUGAAUUAUAGCUGGGUUCCUCAAGCAGUCCCAUAUGCUACGGACCAAUCCUAGUCUUCCCAUAAAGAGGGCAGUUUUAACCCCUUGUCAUUAAUGGCACUCUUGUCAUUUGUACACCAUAUUUAAUUUAAUUUUGCUUUAAUGUUGAAUCUAUUUUUGUAUUUAUGUCUGUCGAAGACUCGGGAUCACCAAACUUUGAGUCGACGUUAAUCUUCAGUUUUUUUGAAGUUUGUCUUUAAAGGUAGCAUUCACCAUGUCCUAACAUAUAGCAUAUUGUUACGUUUGCUGUAAACGAUCGAACUAGCACAGCGUCUUUGUUUUUCCACGUGUAUUCUGUGUUAACAUUUUUGGUAAACUGUUUCGAACAGAGUAAAUUCUGUGAGGAGUUCUGCAAGUACCGAUGUCGGGUCCGUUUCGUUUCUUAUACAGAGGGAUAUGUUCCUGCCUGUUUUUAAGUAACUUGACUGAUAUUUGGAUUCUAUAAAGAUCUUGUCCCUCAUCUCUGUAAUAAUAAAACAAAUCUAAACCCAGUGGUAGAAAUGACAAUAAUCCUAAUUAUAAUAUUGGAAUGGUUAAUAUUGAUAAUGUGUCACAUCUAGUCCUAUUAAAUAUAGUUUUUAUUCCAUAUGCAUACAGAGAAAACUAACAAAAGCCACUUUGACCGGAAGAUAAUUAAUAUAAUAU